UCUUCUUGCGUUGGAAUGUCUGGUCUGGUCGACCAACCCCUGUCCAUGCACAAACACCGACACACAAACACGGUGAUAAUGACCUUACGCGAAUCCAGAGCCCCGCUGCGAUUACAAUUGCCCUUUUGAACUCGGGAUUAAUCAGCGAUCGACAAUCGUGGUUCUCGCUAGUUCAAAGUGCGCUUUCAAGUUGCGCUGAGUCCAGGCAUUAUUCUUCGAUUUUCCAAGUUGUGCGGUGCAUCGAACCUUCAAAAGGCAAUUCUUCAAACCUUCGGACAUUCGAUCGAGCAGGACAAAAGCAUUCACGACCUAGGGAAAAAUUUCUCAAGGCACGCCUUUCUCUUUAUUGAUAACGCCUGCGCAGCGUAUCAGUUCUGAUGUUUGUUCAACGCUGCACUUCAAACCACAGAAAACUUAUUCAGCUUCCGUUGCUAAUAUGUGCAGCUCUAUUUCAAGCAGCCGACUGUCAAAGGUCCCCUACGAUCGCCCGAAUUUCUCCUGAGCAGCUGAAAAACGUGGGGGGCAUCGCUGAAUUGGAGUGCUCCGUCCAGUAUGCGCAAGAGUACCCGAUUUUGUGGGUGAAAGCAGAUCGACUAAAUGGCAGUGAGCAACUCCCUAUAUCUAGCGGUAGCUCCCUCAUCGUUAGGGACAGUCGCUUCGCUCUUCGACAUGAUGUCUCAAGCUCAACAUACACUUUGCAGAUCAAAGACAUUCAGGAGACAGACGCCGGACUCUACCAAUGCCAAGUGAUCAUUGAUCUAUCAAACAAGCUGACAUCAGACGUGUGGCUACGAGUGCGCAAACCGCCUAUGAUUCUGGAUAACUCAACGCAGGGUAUUAUGAGAAACCAAGGGCAAAACGUGGAUCUCGAAUGCUACGCUAGUGGUUUCCCUAUUCCGCGAAUUUCAUGGCGCAGAGAAAAUAAUGCCAUUUUGCCUACAGGCGGAUCAAUUUAUAGAGGUAACAUCUUGAAAAUCCCGUCGAUCAGCAAAGAGGACCGCGGAACAUACUACUGCGUGGCCGACAACGGAAUCGGGAGACACGUCUCACGGCGGAUCAGCGUCGACGUUGAGUUCCCGCCGAUCAUCACCGUCCAACGCCCACGACUCGGCCAAGCACCCGGAUUCGACAUGGAUCUCGAAUGCCACAUCGAGGCCUUCCCUCUCCCCACCAUCAUGUGGAUUAAGGACGGGGCCCCGGUCACCAACAAUCAACACUACCUUGCGUCCAAAGCAGCAACUGGAACGGACUUUACGGAUGCGAAACUGCGGAUUCUGUCCACAGAACAAAGACAAUACGGGCAUUAUCAGUGUAAAGCCACUAACAAACUUGGACACGCUCAAGCAGACAUCGAGUUUUAUGAAACUGACGAUCCAGUAUGUCCCCCAGCCUGUGGCAACUCUGCUCAGAGCAAGGGCUGGUUCUUUUGGUGAUCAAAUAAUUCAACUGAUGCGGUAAAACUUCAAAUCUCUGUGAUUUUCCUGAAGACUUAUUCUACAUUUUAAGGCUUUAGGGCGUUUUGUGUCUCGCUGCCUCGUUAGAAUGGCAGUGCACACACCGAAUAGAUUCUAUUGUUUAUUCGCUGUCAAUUAUUAUCUCCGAGUGAUAUCCUCUGAAUCAAAAGUAAUCAUAAGUAAUCAUAAGUAAUCACAGAAGUAAUGACGAGUAGAGAUUACGACUGAAUAAAUCUGUAUUCCUGAUAGAGCGAGUGAUCCCCAGCAGCACAGCACAUCGAAAAUAUUGAAAGAAAAUUGCGAUUUGUUGUAAUGAAAGUACAAUAUUUCACCAUAAAGUUGCAAUAUUUUUUACAAUUGUCGGUCAAUAAAUGCUAUAUAUAAACGACCAUGAGAUGAGUAACUUGUAUUCAGGAGGGUAUGCAUAAAUUCUAAUGCAAUAAAAUUUACAACCUGCUUUAAUUAUACUGCAAUAUAUUGUAUUUAACACAAGGAGCCUCCUCAUUCGGUAAAUAGGCAACACCUACAGAACUCCGAUGCAGUGGGAAUAAUUUCACCAUGAAAUCGAAAUUUAUUGCAAUUUUUGCCUCUUGGGGAGCUGUAAUUGAUAUACACUUCAGAUUCUCUCACAAGUUUAAGUUCCUAUUAUCAUAAUUAGCGUAAUACUCGAUAUGACACUGUAAUAAAAUAGAUUUUUCAAAUUUUGCA